CAGCUGGGGCCCCUCCCAGUCUCCAGGGCACCGUCCCUUAGCAACAGAACUGCCUGGCAGGACGCACUGCCAGUGGUGGGCAAAGCAGGCAGGAGCCAGGCGGAGCAGCCAUCCAGACUUUAGGACAGACGGAGGCCAGCUGCCCAGAGAGCCCUGACUCAGCAUGGAUGCUGUGGACACCACUAUGGAGAAGCUCCGGGCUCAGUGUCUGUCCCGAGGGGCCUCAGGCAUCCAGGGUCUGGCCAGGUUUUUCCGCCGCCUGGACCAGGAUGGAAGCCGGUCCCUGGGUGCGGAGGAGCUCCAGAGGGGCCUGGCCGAGCUGGGGCUGGAGCUGGACAUGGCUGAAGUAAGGGGUGUGUGCAGGCGCUGGGACCGCGACGGCAGUGGGACGCUGGACCUGGAAGAGUUCCUGCGGGCGCUGCGGCCCCCAUUGUCCCGGGCUCGGGAGGCCGUCAUCACAGCUGCAUUCGCCAAGCUGGACCGCAGUGGGGAUGGAGUGGUGACUGUGGAUGACCUCCGGGGGGUGUACAGCGGCCGUGCUCACCCCAAGGUGCGGAGUGGGGAGUGGACGGAGGAGGAGGUGCUCCGCCGCUUCCUGGACAACUUUGACUCCUCCGAGAAGGACGGGCAGGUCACGCUGGCUGAGUUCCAGGACUACUAUAGUGGCGUGAGUGCCUCCGUGGACACAGAUGAGGAGUUCGUGGCCAUGAUGACCCGUGCCUGGCGGCUGUGAGCAGCGCACCCGCUCAGCGGGCACCACUGUAGUGAAUUAGUGGGAGAAUGGUUCCAACGAUGAUCACUGGCUCCAGACCCCAGGGAGAAAGGCCCGCCCUCCCCAUGCCAUGCUGACCCCAAGGCUCUUCUUGCUCUGCUCAGUGAACUCGGCAGCACAACACCUCUCUCCUGCCCCAACCUGUGGGUCCCUGGGAAGCCAGGCAGCACCAAGGUGGGAAGGCGAACGGCUCUGCUGUGACUGGAGGUUCUGCACUGAGGCGGCCAGUCUUGGAAGGCAGCCGAGCUUGGUCCCCUGCCCAGGUGUGGAGUGUGGGGCAGAGGCCCCCAGACCGCAGUCAGGCCAAACCACUGGAGGAAAGCGUGCCUGCCUAGGGAGGCAGAGGCCAUUCCUGGCCAGGUUGCCCGGCUUCCUGAGGCCCCUGGGGCAGGCAGGAGGCCAGCAUUUUAGUUAAAAGUUUUAAUGUAGUUCCCAAAUACAUUUCAUAUGACAAUCUUACAUAAAUGUUCCAAAACACAUGGGCAUUAUCUGGUUUUACUUGUCACUAGUUGGCUAAGGCUUAAAGCAGAGAGGUGUGACCGGAUCUGCUGGGAGGGCCUUUGGUGUCUUCCCAUGGCUCAGGCUCGGGGUUGGGUUGCACACGGCAAACCCGAGGGACAGACGGCACAGCUGCAGAGACACCUUCUCUGAGGCGGGGUUGGGUGGCUUCCUCUGAAAGUUCGCAGAGCCCUAUGCACAGACCUUCUUUGUGGGCCUCCCAGAUGGGCGGUGCCCAGCUGGCUCCUGGCCAUGCUCCAGGGUGGGGGUGGACAGAGGGCGUCUGCUAAUGUGUGUACCUUGAGCAUGGGUUCUGCCCACUGUCUGGAACUGGCCCCUGGCCCCUUCUUGAAGGCCCUGCUAGUGUCCCCUUCUGCCACGCACAGAGGCCC